CUGACCACUCUUUCAAAAAAGCAGUGUUUCCUGGCAUCCAGCCUGAAUCUCCCCUGGCACAACUUGAGGCCACUGUCAAUGUGAUGGCUUAAACAAAACAAGUCUGAAUUAUUUUUUUUAAUGCUUAUUUCACCCUCUAGUUUCUUUUCCUUCUUGCAUUAUAUCAACACUUUCAAAAUUGUUACCCAUUUUAAUAGUAACAGUUAAAGUAUCCAGCCUCUUUGUUUUGUUAUGGUUCAAAGAAACCAAAGAAUUCCCGGUGAGUGUGAUCAGGCUACAUGAGGAGCUAUGGAGAAACCAUGUAUCACAGGGUUAGUGAAUUAUACCCCAGUCUGUGAUUUGGGGAGAAGGACAAGCUGCCCACAGUACUUGCUUCAGUCUUCAAGGAGAGUUCUCUUACAUCUUUCAGGUUGGGAAUUUUGUUUUCAUGUAUUUUUUUAAUUGACAGCUAUGUAUAUCUGACACUCAUAGAUUUGUUCCUUAAUGCUUUAGAGAGUCUAAGUUCAAAUGAAUUCAGAGAAGGGGAACUGACCACUUUACUGAGAUGAACAAUGUGUAGCUCAAAGUAGCUUUUUGGCACAUUCUUUGCCAUCUUGCUUUUAUUUUGUGUGGAUAAGGCUGGCAAGUUGUUGUCUUCUCAUUGCUAGUUGUGCUUGUUUCCAGUGGAAAUGUUAACUCCUGUUUAUUACAGGUUACAGUCCUUCUGAUCUUCCAUUCUACAGGAAGAAAAUAUAUUUUUCUGUCAGAUCAUUGAGAUUUGCCCACAUUUAAUUGCCAGUGUUUCCUGUGGAAACGAGCUCUUCAUUGUUGGCAAGCAUAGAGCAACAAACAGAAAAGUAUGUCUUUUUUUGGGUGGGGGAGGGACACAAAGAAAAACGUAAUUUAAACUUUGCCCUCUAAAUCAAGUGGAGAUUUGAUGUAAGUAUACAGAUUUAUCUCGGGCAAAGUUUCUUAGGUCUGUCUAAGAAAUAUUUUGAAAAGCAUGAAGCAAGCUAGAACAUGACUUUAUACUUAUAGGGAUAAAGAUGGAUUUGAUUCUUAUUUGAAAAAUACAUAUGUAUGUAUAUCUACUUCUACAUCUAUAAAUGGGAUUUAAGAUUUUAUAUGUUUAAAUCUUCAGCUUUUCAUCUGAAAAGCUUUAAAAUUGUAUAGUUGUAUCCUAAUGAGGGAAUUCCUUUGCAGAGUUUAGAAUUACCUUUUUUUUUUAAUCACGUCUCAUAAUGUCAGUCUCUGUUUUGAAGUGGAAGGUGCAGAACAUGAUUGUGUGAAAGUUUGAGCAGUUGAUAUUUGAUGGUUCUCUCGGUGCACAUGUGAGGAUUAUGGUCUGAAAAAUGUUGGUGACUGUUCUUUCUCUGUCAGGUGUGUUUGUGCACAGUUUUUAGAUCACACUGCUGUGUAUAACUUGGUGCAUCCAUCUAUUUAAGGCAUGCUGACUCUGCAUAUAUAUUCUAAAUCAUCAUCUUUGGGAAUUCCUAAUUAAAAAUACUGCAUGACUUUCUGUAUUUCUGAUUUAGACAACACUCUUGGUCACAAAGCAUUCUGUCCUGAGUUGGUUUUGGGAUGAUCUUCAGCGUGAGGAGUUCUACUGCAGUUUUGCAUAGGAUAUUCUAGAGAAAUCAUAUGCUAUAUACAGUAUGUACUAAAAGCUGUAGUUCUCCUAUAAACUAGAAGAAAAUUUCAACCUCAUAUGUAACAGCAAUAUGAAGUAGACACCAUUCUUUGUCCAUAUACACGAAUGUCAGUAUUACCAAAGUAGUAGUAAGAACGUGCUGGCUGCUUUUCUGCUUAAGAAUUAAAGUGAGUUAAAGCAAUACAGUUGUAUUAAUUGAUUUUAAGUCACAUUAAGUCAGAAGAAUUUUGAGUCAAACAACUUCUGAAGCAGUUCAGAUCUCCGGAGAAUACUGUGCAGAACUGAGCUUCAAAAGGCACCAGGUUUCCCAAGGCUGAUUCUGAUUCUAAAGGUUAUCCAUUGGCAACACGUCCAAGUGUCGGAAGGGUGAGGGGGGACACAAACUGGUAGUGCCACCAUAAUCCCAUGUCACCACACCAUGUGGUAUGUGGAUUGGAAAUAGUGUAUCCAUCAGGGCAAGUAAUAAUUUUGUGGGCAGGAGUCAUGGUAAGAAAUACUCUGCUUUUUGUCAUUUAUUUUUGUCUUUGUGUCUAAUAAUGAGUUUGGAAGUUGUGUGCUUCUGAGAUGUAUGUUACUAAUACUGCCAGUUCUGCUACCAAACACAUACAAGGCAUUAAAUAUGUUUAUUGAGAAGCUCAGUGUUUUUUCAUUGGAUUUUUUUCUUAUGUUAGCUUUGUUGGCUAAUUUAUUUUUUGUUUAAUAUAUUUUUUGUUUAUAUAAGACCCCCUGUUACGUCUAGCCAAGUGUUUUCUCAAGAGAGGGGAAAUGUUUGAGCAGCAAUUGGAACGAUGGAAUUUAAACUGGGAGAGUCACCACUGCAUUCUAAGAUGUAGCUUUUGGCCAUUUGUUGUCUGAGUGAAGUUUUGCUGUCCCAGUUACCAGCAGUACUUUUUUCACAGCUUAUUUAUACCUUGUGUUCAUGGGGAGGAUGGGGGGGCUUGUCCAUAUUUCUUUGAAUAUUUUUUUCCUCUUUUGCUCACUUCUUUGAUAUUCCUGACUGAUGGUAUCCAAGAAUCUAUUAAUAAAGACUGAAUAUUCUGUACUUCAGAAGAUGUGUUCCAAAUUUUUAAUAACUUCUUGCUUCUUGAAGAUAUCAUCUGCUAUUUCUUUAUUUGAAGCCUGUAAGAAUGAAAAAUUGAUUCACUUUAGUACCACUAGAGGGAGCUUAGGUACAGAUGACAAAAAGGUAAACUACAGAAUACAGCAAAAAGAUUGUCAUUUUGAACUAAGAGCUAGAGCUAUUCUUACUUAAUCACUGACUACAAGGCUGCAUGCAUAAGUUUUGAGGGCAGUAGCUUGUAUAUUGUUGCUUUCAUUUGUUCUUAAAGUCUCUGCUCUGAUCUCCAGAAAAUUAGCCAAAAUUAGAUAGUUUGUGGAAGGGAUGCUGAGAUGGUAGAGCUGUAUUUUCCACACUAUUUCCUUAGAAAUAAUUCUAGCAUCCUAGCUGUAGGAUCACUGAAAUAAUAUGCAGUUUUUCUCUUUCCCUCACCAUCACAAGCAACUGCAGUGACUUCUAAAGGUGAUCAUCAAGUUAUCUUUCAAACUGCUAUAUGCAUUACCCAGAUUUCAUCAAGUAUGUUGGUUAUCGCUCUAUUCCUGCUGUGCUAGCAAGGAAUUUCCUAGGAGUUUCUGGACAAGGAGAACAUCCAGUUGAGUAGUGGAGAGAGAAGCUGUGCAGGUGAAAAGCAGGCUGCACUGAGGCGUGCAGCACACUGUGCAAUGUGCCGCCUGUACUGGGACAGAGACUGUAGCUCAGCACUGCAAGGAAAGGAAACACUGUAAAAAAAACACUGCUGCAAAAAACUGUGAGGGAAAUCAGGAUGUGUGCAGCAUGGCUGCAGAGCCAGUGCAUGGGAAGUAGCUUGUUCAUGUCUCAGGGAAUGUGGUAAUCGUAUUUGAUACUGAACAAAGCAUUUAAUGGCCUAGAUAAAAGCAUUCUGGUCGUUUAAUUGGAAGUGCCUUGCUGUUUUACACAGACCUACUGCCCUAUUUUUAUGAGAUUUAAAAUUGUGCAGAAAAAUUGUUUCCAUGGAAGCAGAGAUCACAAAAGAAAUAACACUCUGUGUUUCCUACAGGAUUCCUUUUACAGCCUGCUGUUCUCAACAAUUAACUCUUGUAGUGCUGUUACAGUUUAGCGUGGAUUAAAGGGAGAUAACAAAGAAAAUAAUACCUUGAGGGACUGUGUAUAUAUACUUGACUUUUUUUUUCUUUCCUGCCUUUGAAAGAAAUCUGUUCUCUGCAUGUUUACAGAGGGAAAAUCUACAGUGGGAAAAAAAGUUAAUGGAGGAGUGCACACUACUUUGGCAAAUUAUGGAACUCAGUCAGAGAAACUUGAAGUUAUUCCUACUUACCCUUUUCUUGCCUCAGUUUUACGUUUUUCUUGGUGACUAAAAGCACUGCUGUGUACUCUGAACCAGCUUUGAAGGAAGCAACAAUUAAUGCAGUUUUUAAUUAAGGUAACAGUAGUGAGAAUCAUCACCAGCAGGGAAGUCAGACCAUCUGUUUUAAUUGCCUAUCAUUUUUCUUCCAUACAUUACUUCUGAAAAACCACUGCAUUAUUCUCUGUUUCACUGUGUCUGUAAGGAAGGAGAAACUAUCAAAUGAUGAUGGGAGUCUGAGGCCAAGGCUGAGCAUCGUAUGAGGAAAGUACUGCUACCUAAAAAUCUUCACUCAAUAAAGUGCUUUCAGAGCACAAGAGCGGCUCAGCUCUCAGCCAUACAGAAAUGGCUGUAGUUUCUUUUGAAUCUGGUUAUGAGCUGUAACAUUUUAUAGCUGGUGAGGGUCUGUCCUCAGUGAGAUAUCUCAGAGGACAAAAACAAAACCUGCUCUCUCUGGAGUUCAUAACAUCAAAUAAAGACAUAACAUGAGGACACAGUUGAUAGUUAAAUAGAUUUUGACUUUGAAGGAAGGAUGUGGAUUUUAUGUAUAUCUAAAAUAGGUAAAUUAAUUACUUGGAAAUAAAAAUGACAUGAGUGUUAGGAUGUAGUGCAAAAAAAAACCAGCCAAACAAAAAACCCUCAAGGUGGGAAACUGAAUUACUUAGUGAUUUCAUAAAAAAUGUAUCAGUGGUUCACAAUGACUUCCUACAGCUCUUCAAUGCUGUUAUUUUUAUCUUAGAGGAGGGGAAGCGAAGAGGUGCAGUAACGAGCUAUAGGUCUGAAAAGGAGCCAGGAAUGAUUUUAAGAACUUGCCUCAUCUUUGCUUCCCCUAAGUAGUGUGAAUUUCUUUGGCUGCUUUAGGAACAGGAGUAGGUCUAUUGACAGAUUAUGGAGUGAUAGGGUGUGUUUACAUCUGCAGCUUCAAUUUUAAUUCUAUACCAUGUUAUUAAUGCUCAUUGGUAGUAGCCAGUGUAACUUCUGACUGUUCACGUACACACAAGUCAUCAUUACAGGCAGCCCUGCUCGCAGUGAUUUAAAGCAGGUCAGGUCCUCAAAAAAACAACAGAACAGCCUAAAGGAAUUGUCUGCAAGGCAGCACAGAAGUUGUGCAGAUGGGAGAAUGGUGCUGUUUGCUACUGCUCACAAAAUAAUGAUUUAUAACGGGUCUGACAACAUUUGACAAACAGAUAGAUGACUUAAUGCUAACUGGAAAAUGUGGUUCAUGCUUUGUAAAUCAUCAUUAAGAUACUUGAGAGCCACUGGAGUGUACUGUGAUAGACAUUACUCAAAGUUCAGACUGGAAAAUUUCUUCAGAAACUGCUAACAACUUUGUAAGGGUAAUGAAAGUUUGAAAAUUAGCAUUCCUAAUACUGCUUUGGGAUGAAUAGGAAAAAAGAAGCUUUCUGUAGUGGAAGCUGAGAUUGCUCUCCUAUGCUAAGUAAAAGUUCAUCAAACUGAUGAAUUCUCUUUCUUCCUGUCACCUGAAUUGGCAGCUACUUCAGGGUUCUGUUGGAGCAUACAUAAAAUAAAGCCCUCUGCACUUUCAUAAGGAUGUGGAAGUGGCAUCUAGAUAAUGGAAUGAUACAGAAGUUAUCUAAGAGGUAGGAAAAACCACGAUGAACGUAGAGGAGUAGGAUUGCCUCAGCUAAGUGGGACUUCAUCCAAAAGAAGUGGAAGAAGUUCCUUCCAAAUGUAUUUGUCUGUGUGCUCCAUAAAAAUCCUGAAGAGGGAAAAAGGCAAAGUGAAGCCUUGUGCUCUAAUACGUAAGGGAAGCUCAAUGCAAGAGCUAUGCUUUGGGUCUGCUUUUGCCUCUUCCAUGUUGCUCCCUCACUAAGAGGGAUGUGAGGCAUCUGGGCAAUCAGCGCUGCCCACUUAGAAAUAAUAGAUAAAAGUGCAGCUCCUCUGGCAUCUGGGCAUGAGAGACCAGUUGUUUUAGAAGAACUUGUUUGUCAGGUCUGAUAUGUACUCUGAAUAAAGGAGCCGCAUAACAGCAUGUAGAAACAAGCAGACUCCCCUAGGAGAUAAAAGCUCCAGACAAUGCUUGUUGCCACUUCAGAGUGUACCCACACAUUGUACCUGUGCUAUGGAGCCUCUGCUUGGAGUUACGCUGGGUUUGAUUCUGAUGGUAACUUCAUCAGCACAGAGCUGUACCUGUGUGACCAAUAAGUGGACAGUAUGUGACCAGGAUGCAUCUGGCAACUGCACCUGCAGGUUGGUGGGUUCAGAUCAUACAGCAGAUUGUUCAACGCUGACUUCAAAAUGCUUGCUGAUGAAGGCAGAAAUGACCUCCUUGAAGCUCUCCUAUAGACCUCGGGUUAAGCUGCUGGAUGGUGGCAUUUAUAAUCCAGACUGUGAGGACAGUGGUAUCUUCAAAGCCAGACAGUGUGAUGAAGCUGGUACUUGCUGGUGCGUGAACACAGCUGGAAUACGAAGAACUGGAAAAGGUGACAAAAAUUUGAUAUGCAGUGAACUGAUAAGAACAAACUGGGUCGACAUUGAACUGAAGCACAAAGAAACAUCCCAUUACUUCGAAGCUCUUGAUGUAGCAGAAGCCCUGACACAUCUGUUUGAGAACCGGUACAAACUGCAACCCAAAUACAUCACAGCUGUGAAGUACGAUUCCCCAUUUAUCCAAAUCCACCUAAAACAAAAUAACUUGAAGCAGUGUGAUGUAGAUAUAGUUGAUGUAGCCUAUUACUUGGAAAAAGAUGUAAAAGGGGACUCUGUGUUUCAUUCUGACAGUACGUUUCUUGUCUCUGUUAAUGGAAAAGAUCUGGCUAUUGAAAAUAUACGCAUUUACUAUGUUGAUGAAAAGCCACCAGUGUUUAGCAUGAAGCAACUGCUUGUUGAUAUCAGUGCUGUGGUGGCAGUGGGGAUACUGCCUGCUGGUUUUGUCAUUAUUUUGGUGAUUAUUUUGUGCCAGAAGAGAAAAUACAAAAAAAUUAAGAUUGAAAAGAUGAGUGAAACAGAAGGACAAAUUUUACAGUCGCUCUAAUCUGACAAAAAGAAUCAAACUGCAACUUCAGCAACCAGGCAGAGGUGGGGAGGGCAAAAUAAAAAGAAUGAACGCUCUAUGUAUGUGGAUGGAUUUGGAAUUGUCUCCCAUUUUGUAGGAAUUGACAAAGCACUUGUUUUGAAUUAUUCUACUUCAGAAAAAAACAGCUUUUCCUUGGGUAUAAGUUAAUUUAGGAGUUGGUUACUGAAAUCUGGGACUGAAAGUCUCAGUUCAGAAGCUACAAAAGGUGUAAUAAAUAUUUUGUGCAAAUAUAGCAUACAUGCAGACUGCAUUGUACUGCAGACUUCAUUUGCUUGCUUAAUAUUUAAGCCAAGGCUCCUCAUGUGUUUGCUUAGAGCAAAAUAAUAAUAGCAAUAAAAAUGUUUUAAAAGUCUUCAAAGUUGCUGGAACUUCUUUUUGUCAACAAUUAAUAUUGUCGGUGUCUCUAAUCAAAUAAAUCAAGACAAAAUAUCCUCUACUGCUAAAGGCUUUGGUGCAGUCAAGUGUUAGCAGGCAGCAGCACCGUGGUCACUUCCAUUUGUACAGGGCCCCAAUUCUGACUUUGUAUUCAGGUAGCACUGAGCUAUUCCCAGUUACAGGUCUGGCACUCAUUGUCAGCAAUGAUCUCUUGAUCCCACUGUAAGUGCAAGUUAACCUUGUUUUUCUUUCCAAAUCCAGAUAGUAGCUUUCUGUCUACCUAAAUUUCCCUUGUAGUUGUAUCAGAGGAGAUAUUUUUUGGUUUUUAACAGUUUUACAGAACUACUACAUAAAGCUUCUGCACAAGCCAAAAAAUAAAAAGCUUUAUUUAGUAGAGCUGCAAGGGGAAUUUCAGCAGAGUGUAAUUGCUACAGAGUCCAAAAACACAACCCCAUCCCAAAUACAGGAAUCUGUUUAGGGGAAUGACUGGCUACUAGGAAAAGAGCGAAGAUACUUUGGUUCUGUUUCUGCCUGUUUAUUAUGGAAGAAGAAUAGACUUUGGUUUGGAAGCAGGGGGUGUUAUUUCUGACAGCACACAGCAUCACUACUUAAUUUCUUACCUACUGGAAAAACACAGGAUGGGCAGAUGCAUCAGCUUUCCCCCAAAUCAGAUUUUUACACAGCAACAUAAUAUAAGUAAAAUAAACCAAAUAAAGAUAACCAGUGUUAACGAGAGGCUGUGUGCUAUUAUUUAGCUGCAUUACAUAACAGAGGAUAUGAUCAUUUUAACUACGCAGAGGUAUCUGGUGCCUAAAUUACAUUACGCAGUUCUGACUGGGGAAAGGCUGCCUUGGUUUGAAAACUGAAAACAGCUACUCCCACAGAAAGAAUCCCUGGCUCUAAGCUACAACUCUGGAGAGGCUAAUGCUGCCCUUUGCAUUCAGUGCUAUCUUAGUUCAACUGACUGGAGUGGGCUUUAGCCUUUCCUUUUAGCUUUUAGUUUAAAAAACAAAUAAACAGGUUUUUUUAACCACUGGAGAGCUGAGGGAAGUGCCAGUUGCAAUGCCAGCAUUAGAGCAAGGAAAUGAAAGAUAAGGAUUCAUGGAGGAAUUAAAAGCCUCUUAAACUCUGUUCCCUCUGUCUCCCUGGUGAAAACCAAGCCUGCUUCUAUAUGCAAGUAUGCACUCAAAGGGAUUGGCACAUAAUCCCUGCAUUAGUUUGCAAAUUAUUGGUGUGUUUGCAUUCUUGUAGGUUCCCAUACCUAUAUUUAAAGAUGCACAUUGCUAUUAUUUUUUUUUUUUUCUGCUGUAGCAGGCAAGCCCUAGGGAAAGCUUGUGGCAGUAGAUCCUACACUUCAACCAGCCUGAAGCCUGAUCUAGCUCUUAUCAGUGGUAACACAGUCCAAACCCGCUGCUGUUCUGGAUGACAAAGAGAAUCUCUCCUUGUCUCAUCUUUCCCCAAUUAGGACUAAUCUCUGUAUGGCUGUUUGGACUGGGACUACACAAGAUGAGGUUAACUCCUAUGCCAUAUAGUAUAAACACGUCCCACCCAUCCCUUCUUGUUUAGAUAAUAAAACAUUAGCAUGUCUGUGAUAGUGAGCACUUCAUGACAAGAUACAAGAUCCCCCCAGUAGUCCUUAAAAUGUCCCUAAAAGUGUCCGGGAGUCACUUAGAAAUAACAGCUUACAUAUUGAAAUCACUUUUCAAAGAAAAAACUAACAAAUAGACCUUUCUUUCAUUUCUCCUUAACUGGACUGAUUAAUGUUAUUAAACAGACUGUCCUCCUUGUGCAAGUAUACAAGUAUAAUUACCCUUUCCAAACCAUCUCCAUUGAUUUGUUGGAGGGUUUAAGUACAGCCAGUACCUAUCUUUUUUUAUGCUAAAAUUAAUCUUCAGUUAUUGCAAUUACUUUCACAGCAGGAAAAACCAACUUUUAGAAUUUAUAUAACUGUCAUAUAAGUACUGCAGCUCCCAACAGAAUUAUUUGUACUGGUUUUUAUCUGGUUAAGAUUUCAUACACUUCAGGCAGCCUGACAAUAUUCACAUCUCAUUUUCAUGCCAAUCCCUUCUCCCUGAGGGACAACACUCUGACAGCCCUACUCCAGCACAAAUCAAGUGCCACAGAAACAAUUAGGGAUACUUCACAUUAUCUAAAUGAAAGUACAAGUAAGAAUGUAUUUAAUUUUCUACUGAGAUUUUUACACAUGGACCCAACAAUACUGGUUUUGCUUGAAAUAAAUGUAUUCAUAAGGCCUGAGAUCAGAAAUCUCUGCAUUUCUGCUAGCCUGAUUUUAUCCAAAAAAAACAAAGUGGAACGACUACAAAGUAAUUGGAGGUAGCACUGCUGUAGUCAUUGCACUGCAUAGUGCAGAAAUGCUCACCACUGUUGCCCCAGUCUUAGCACACAUCUCUCGAAUUUUUUAUUUUUAUUUUUUUCCCUGUCCUCAUGUGCCCUUUUCAGUUGUUAGAGAUACUAUCUUUACAGCUUUCUCAAUUCUGCUGAAGGACUUAAGUGAAAUCUUCAGUACCAAAAGUUAAUGAAUGCUCCAUUUCUAAGUCUCUCUAAAUAAUUUUCCUGCUUUAGAGAUCUAGUAGAAGAAUUCUGUGGUGUUUGCUAUUUUAACUGGGAUAUUUUUACACAGUUGCCUUAAAAACAAUUUCCAAAUUAAUGCAAGAAUUAAAAACCAGAAAAAAAUAGAGUGAUAGAUUCUCAGAAUUUCUGCCAGUUCUGCAACUGUUAAGCGUUCAACUCUCACUUUAAAGUGCAAUGAUUGUCAGACACACCAAAUUACAAGCAAUAGGUAAUGUUGGAGAUCUUUUGCAUUAUAUAAGACAUCUUAAAUGGCUCAAAAAUCAGGAGCUCUUCAAAAGUAUUGGAUCCAGAUGUUUACAUUUGGUUCCUUAAUUCUAAAUAUCUUGUCUGUAUUUAGACUACUCUGGAAAACUAGCCAGUGCACUUUGCCCUGGACUGACUAGAACCCUGGGUCAGCAAGGCACUCACUGGUGUGACUCAGUGCAAGUCUGAUGACAGCACUACACGGUUCCCAAGAAUGCUGGUUCUCAAUAAAUGACACUAGCAAGCUGGGAAAUCCAAACCAAUUCACUGGUAGGAGGAGAUCCAAUAAUCAUUCGUGGCUCUUACAGAGUCUUUUAUUAAAAUAUUAUAACAUCGCAAGCAAAUGAGAUCACUCUGUCUCUCCAUGGAUGUUUUGGAAAGGACUGUACUGAAUUUUACAACAACUUCUAUAGUCCUGCAAUAGUUUUCCAUUCAGUUGAGUAACUUCAUCUCCUAGAUUGUAAUUCUACUUUUUU